AUGUCGAAUGAUACUAAUAUUUUUCGACCAAUACGUCCAUUAAAAGCAUCAACAAAUCCAACAGAUUGGCGUCGAUAUAAAGAACAACUUCGUGCAUGGAAAAAUGCUCGAUUAAAAAAACAACUUGACGCUGAACAAGCUAAAGAAAUAGAACAACAAACUACUGUAUCAUCAAAUUUAACAUCACAAUCUAUUAAAGGUCGUUCAUAUACAUUAUCAAUAGCUUUACCUGCUUCUAUAUUACGUAAUGCUCAAUCAAAAGAAUUACGAACUUAUUUAGCUGGACAAAUUGGUCGAGCAGCAUGUAUUUUUAAUAUAGAUGAAAUAAUUCUUUUUGAUGAUGAUGAAACAAAUGAAGAAAUUGAUAAUAAUCCAUUCACAGCAAGUGAACAAUUUAUUCGACUUCUUGAAUAUCUCGAAUGUCCACAAUAUCUUCGUAAACAAUUUUUUUCUCGACAAAAAUUACUUGAAUAUGCUGGUUUACUUAAUCCAUUGGAUGCACCACAUCAUUUACGUGCAAAUGAAUAUUGGUUUUAUCGUGAAGGUGUUACAUUACCAUUAAAACCUGCUGAAGGAAAAGGUUCAUGGGUUGAUGUUGGUCUUUAUGAAACAAAAAUACAAAUUGAUAAACGUUUACAACAAGGUCUUCGUGUUACUAUACAACGAACAGAUAUAACACAAGAAGAAUAUUUUCGAACUAAAGAAUCACAAAAUGAAAGUCAACAAAUAAACAAGAGAAAAAGAAUUACAGGUGAAAUUGUUAGUCCAAGUACUCCUCGUUUAGAAUCUGGUUUAUAUUGGGGAUAUCAAGUACGAAAAGCUAAUUCAAUUCGAACAAUUAUUGAAAAUUGUCCAUUUGAUGAUAAUAAUCAUGAAGCAAAAUAUGAUCUUGUUAUUGGAACAUCUGAACGUGGUAUAUUGCAUGAUAAAAUUAUUGAAUUUCCUCGUUUUCGACAUGCAUUAAUUGUAUUUGGUGGUUUACAAGGACUUGAAAAAGCUGUUGAGCAAGAUGGUUGUAUUACAGCUGAACAAUUAUUUCAUUUUUAUAUAAAUACAUGUCCACAACAAGGAAGUCGAACAAUUCGUACCGAAGAAGCUGUUCUUAUAAGUCUUUCAUGUUUAAGAGAAAAAUUGCUUACAGCAGCAAUAAAUUAA